UGACUCUGGCCAGUAAUCGACGGUUAAAGAAAUCUCGAGUUUAUCGACAUCAAUGUUUUUGGUUGCAGUGUCGCAUAAACGUGGUGUAACACGUUGGAAAGAAUCGAUGACGGAGAAAGACACGACACUGAUGCGUCCAUUUAGAAACAAACAUACUUAUCCCGUGUUAGACGUUUGCAAAAAUGUGUCCAAUGCACCUAGAUAUUACAAUGGUGUCUUUUUGGGACCAUUCCGAUCUACGGAUGUCAAAAUGGAAGACGAUUACGCUCCACUUAAGCCACGUACAACAUAUAUAUUUGUCGCUGUAAUCAUGUACGACAACCGUAAAAAUCUCUUUCCCGAUCACGGACUAUUAAUUAACAUGGACUAUGACACUGUUAUGGGAGUUUUCGCUUUUGAAAAUGAACAUAUUUGGAACCCGGUCAAGCAUGUCGCGGGUUCUGGCAAUCGUAAUUUUCAUAUAUGGUCUAAUUACGUCGAAAGACCGAUACUGCAUCCCGAUCGCAACGACGACCGACGCAUUAACGUACAACACUUUUCCAUCGUGUCUUACUAUUUACCGUGGAUUUAUCACGUGGUCAAAACCGAUACGAUAGAUCUGAUGGUGGGCGACACGGACGAAGAAGAGUCUACCACCAUGGACAGUUCGACGACAGACCGAUCGUUUGAGAUCACCACGCCGAUAACCGACUUGCCCGACACAUACUACGACAGUGACGGAGCCUUCUACGGCGUUGAGUUCAACGUUAACCCUUGCGGGAAAGCCGUCGGAAAAGCCCACCGGCGGUUACCGUCGGCUUUGUGCACUGCUGCCAUGUGUUGCUUUACCCUGUGUGCCCCCUUGUUGUCCGCUCUUAAUUGGUUUUAA